CGCGUGCGCACACAAAUCUCUUCACACUUGUCCAGGUAGAGAGGAGCGAAGGCGAACACAGGACGACAAAGUAAAAACAAAAUGGCGCAAGAAGGCAAGAAGAAGUGCAUGUUUGGUUGUAUCGUAGUGAGUGGAGUGUUGGCGUGUGGGUUGAUAGUACUGGGCCUUGUUAUGAAAACAUGGUGGCACGCUCCGUCGCCGAGGGAGGUUGAAAGUCCCAUCGGCAACAUCACAACAUACCGCCUGAGAGGUCUUUGGAAAUACGGUUCAGACGAGAUUACUAAAUAUAAGCUCGAUGAGAACAUUAUCACAGUAACAAACUCUUCCUACGUAACAGGUGUUAAGCACGUCACAUCAGAUGUCCCCGCCUGGUAUGAAGUAGUCAUGGCUUUCCAAGUUAUUGGUUGUAUAUUCGCGUUCAUGGCGCUGUUCAUCACUCUCAGAUGGACCAUCAAACACUUCACAAGCGAGAUCCAAUGCGACUGCUACGGCAAAAUAUCGUUGACCGCCUACGUCAUUGCUGGAAUCUUCAUUCUGCUGGGAAUCAUCAUUUUGGUCGGCAAAACCGAGACGAAGCAGAUUGACUGGGCUCCAAGCGUAUCCGGCUUCGGCGGAGCGUUUUGUAUCAUCGCUGCCAGCUUCAUUCGAUGGGGUCAACAAAAGGAAUGUAGUUUAUAGUAUAAAGAAGAAGAAAAAAAAAUUAAAAUCAACACUUCGAAAAAAAACAAAAAAACAAUAAACGUUAAAAAGCAAAACAAA